GAGACCCUCAGCUCCAGCAGUACGGCGAGGUGAACCAACUGGGCGGGGUGUUCGUGAACGGCCGUCCCCUGCCGAACCACAUCCGGAUGAAGAUCGUGGAGUUGGCCCAGCUGGGGAUCCGGCCGUGCGACAUCUCCCGCCAACUGCGAGUGUCUCACGGCUGCGUGUCGAAGAUCCUGGCCCGGUUCCACGAGACGGGGUCCAUCCUCCCGGGGGCCAUCGGAGGGUCGAAACCCCGCGUCACCACCCCCAGGGUGGUCGCGCACAUCCGCGAACUCAAAGCGAAAGACCCCGGGAUCUUCGCCUGGGAGAUCAGAGACCGACUCCUCGCCGAGGGAGUCUGUGACAAGUUCAACGUCCCGUCCGUCUCCUCCAUCUCCCGCAUACUCCGGAACAAGAUCGGCCCGCUUCAGGGCCAUUCCGGGUCGCUGUUGGACGGAAAGCGAUCCGGCGGCCCGUCUCCACCCACGGCCCUCUCCUACCCCGCCCUUUACGGAUACAGCCCCAUGCCAUCGUCGUACGCCGCUGCCGCUUACUCCGCC